AUGUAUGCCGGUCACUUUGCAGUUGCUCUGUUAUUUCAUUCCUAUUUUCCUGAAAUAAAUUCAUUUCUGUUUACAUUUGGCGUUGGUUUACUUGAUAUUACUUUUGGUAUGCUGGCAUAUUUUGGCAUUGAAGGGCUAACAGUGAAUCCAAAUGCUGGCCUUCUCGGUGUUGACCUACAUUGUCCAUUUAGUCAUUCACUCGCUGGUUCAUUUUUCAUCAGUUUUCUAUGGGGCUGUAUGAGUAUGAAUGGUGAUUUAUUUCUACCAUUGUUUUUAUCCUCAUUUAGUCAUUUCAUACAAGAUUGGUUUGUACAUAAUCGAGAUUUAGAAUUAUAUCCCAAAAGUAAAAUAUUUAUCGGUGGAACGGGAUGGUGGUCUAAAUAUCCACGUGGGACAUAUUAUUUUGAAUUGAUCUUAUGUGCAUGUUGUUCGAUCGGAACGUUAAGAAAGAACAGUAACAGUUUAAGUUUCAACAUGAAUGGAAUCUGUUUGAGUCUAUCGAUUUUUUAUGUCUUCUAUUUGCAUUACCAACGUCGUGCAGCAGCCAGUGGACAAUUAGCCCACAUGGUAAAAACAAUUCCACAAGAAAAACAAGGACCAAUGUUAUUUCGAGCAUUUAUGAAAUCAUUUAUUAUGCCAGCCGUAAUUUUAGGAACAUUAUUAUAUUUUUAA